AUGGCACACUACCCCACAAGGCUGAAGACCAGAAAAACUUAUUCAUGGGUUGGCAGGCCAUUGUUGGAUCGAAAACUGCACUACCAAACCUAUAGAGAAAUGUGUGUGAAAACAGAAGGUUGUUCCACCGAGAUUCACAUCCAGAUUGGACAGUUUGUGUUGAUUGAAGGGGAUGAUGAUGAAAACCCGUAUGUUGCUAAAUUGCUUGAGUUGUUCGAAGAUGAUUCUGAUCCUCCUUCUAAGAAACGCGCUCGAGUACAGUGGUUUGUCCGAUUCUGUGAAGUCCCUGCCUGUAAAUGGCAUUUGUUGGGCCGGAAGCCUGGUGCACAGGAAAUAUUCUGGUAUGAUUACCCGGCCCGUGACAGCAAUAUUAAUGCAGAGACCAUCAUUGGCCUUGUUGGGGUGAUACCUUUAGCCCCAAAGGAUGUGGUACCGACGAAUCUGAAAAAUGAGAAGACACUCUUUGUGAAACUAUCCUGGAAUGAGAAGAAGUUCAGGCCACUUUCCUCAAAACUAUUUGCGGAGUUGAAUAAACCACAAGAGAGUGCAGCCAAGUUCCAGAAACCCGUGGGAGCCAAGAGUAAGAGUGCAGAAACCCCUUCUUGGACCCCAGCAGAACAUGUGGCCAAAAGGAUUGAAUCAAGGCACUCCGCCUGCAAAUCUCGCCAAACUCCUACCCAUCCUCUUACCCCAAGAGCCAGAAAGAGGCUGGAGCUUGGCAGUUUAGGUAACCCUCAGAUGUCCCAGCAGACUUCAUGUGCCUCCUUGGAUUCUCCAGGAAGAAUAAAACGGAAAGUGGCCUUCUCGGAGAUCACCUCACCUUCUAAGAGAUCUCAGCCUGAUAAACUUCAAACCUUGUCUCCAGCUCUGAAAGCCCCAGAGAAAACCAGAGAGACUGAACUCUCUUAUACUGAGGAUGACAAGAAGGCUUCACCUGAACGUUGCGUAAUCCUGAGAACCCGAAUUCCAGCUUCGAAAACCAUAGACAUUAGAGAGGAGAGAACACUUACCCCUAUCAGUGGGGGACAGAGAUCUUCAGUGGUGCCAUCCGUGAUUCUGAAACCAGAAAACAUCAAAAAGAGGGAUGCAAAAGAAGUAGAAGCUCAGAAUGAAGCCACCUCUACUACCCAUCGUAUCCGCAGAAAGAGUUCUGUCUUGACUAUGAACCGGAUUAGGCAGCAGCUUCGGUUUCUAGGUAAUAGUAAAAGUGACCAAGAAGAGAAAGAGAUUCUGCCAGCAGCAGAGAUUUCAGACUCUAGCAGUGAUGAAGAAGAGGCUUCCACACCACCCCGUCCAAGGAGAACACCCAGAACUGUGUCCAGGAACCUGCAAUCUUCCUUGAAGUCAUCCUUACAUACCCCCACGAAGGUGCCAAAGAAAAGUCUCAAGCCUAGAACACCACGUUGUGCCACUCCUCAGAUCCGUAGUCGAAGCCUGGCUGCCCAGGAGCCAGCCAGUGUGCUAGAGAAAGCCCGACUGAGGCUGCACGUUUCUGCUGUACCUGAGUCUCUUCCCUGUCGGGAACAGGAAUUCCAAGACAUCUACAACUUUGUGGAAAGCAAACUCCUUGACCAUACCGGAGGGUGCAUGUACAUCUCCGGUGUCCCUGGGACAGGGAAGACUGCUACUGUGCAUGAGGUGAUACGCUGCCUGCAGCAGGCAGCCCAAGCCAAUGAUGUUCCUCCCUUUCAAUACAUUGAGGUCAAUGGCAUGAAGCUGACGGAGCCCCACCAAGUCUAUGUGCAAAUCUUGCAGAAGCUAACAGGCCAAAAAGCAACAGCUAACCAUGCGGCAGAACUGCUGGCAAAGCGAUUCUGCACCCGAGGGCCUCCUCAGGAAACCACCAUCCUGCUUGUGGAUGAGCUCGACCUUCUGUGGACUCACAAACAAGACAUAAUGUACAAUCUCUUUGACUGGCCCACUCAUAAGGAGGCCCGGCUUGUGGUCCUGACAAUUGCCAACACAAUGGACCUGCCAGAGCGAAUCAUGAUGAACCGGGUGUCCAGCCGACUGGGUCUUACCAGGAUGUCCUUCCAGCCCUAUACAUAUAGCCAGCUGCAGCAGAUCCUAAGGUCCCGGCUCAAGCAUCUAAAGGCCUUUGAGGAUGAUGCCAUCCAGCUGGUAGCCAGGAAGGUAGCAGCACUCUCUGGAGAUGCACGACGGUGCCUGGACAUCUGCAGGCGUGCCACAGAGAUCUGUGAGUUCUCCCAGCAGAAGCCUGACUCCCCUGGCCUGGUCACCAUAGCCCACUCAAUGGAAGCUGUGGAUGAGAUGUUUUCAUCAUCACACAUCAUGGCCAUCAAAAAUUCCUCUGUUCUGGAACAGAGCUUCCUGAGAGCCAUCCUCGCAGAGUUCCAUCGAUCAGGACUGGAGGAAGCCACAUUUCAACAGAUAUAUAGUCAACAUGUGGCACUGUGCAGAAUGGAGGGGCUGCCAUACCCCACCAUGUCAGAGACCAUGGCCGUGUGUUCUCGUCUGGGCUCCUGUCGCCUCCUGCUUGUGGAACCCAGCAGGAAUGAUCUGCUCCUUCGGGUGCGGCUCAACGUCAGCCAGGACGAUGUGCUGUAUGCACUGAAAGAAGAUUAA